AUACGGACUAUCACAAUGAAGUUCGAUAUUUGUGUCCCUCGUGGGAGUAAAGAUGAAGGCCGAUGUGUGCGUCAUGUUCAGUGCAGUUUAACACAGGAAAUGAGGACAGUCUUCUUGAAAGAGCAACAGGAGCAGCAGAGAGACAAACAGAGCUGCUGUCGAGGUGAAAACACACAGACGAUGAGAGUUCUGAUGCUUACCAGUCUGCUUCUAACAGGUGUGAGGUGCGUAAAAGAUGCAGUGUUUGUGUACAGCAGACUUGGAGGUGACACCCUCCUGCCAUGUAGCAACCUGGUUUCCCCGGACUGCUCCCUCAUCUUCUGGACCUUCUACAAAGGCGGCCAGGUGCGGUACACUGAGGAGGUCAGAGGGGGGCAGGUGAGGGAGGACUCAGACAAAUCCAGCCGCAUGUCCAUCACAUCCAACUGUUCUCUCAGCCUCCGUGACCUCCGGGUCGACGACGCCGGCUCCUACGUCUGUCUGAUGCAUGGAAAACCCAUUACUGACGUUUACCUCUCUCUCCUCACCAUCAUUUCACUUUCCACCAUCAAUGACCUGAAGCCUGGAGGAACCCUCGCCCUGAGCUGCAUCCUGUUCACUUACUAUGAUGCUGGGAGCUGCAGGUCGUACUCCAGCGUGUUCAACCUCAGCUGGGUGGCUGGGGAUGGCACUAAGCUGCCCAAAGACAGCAGGGACGAGCUGAUUGGCCACACUCGCUGCAACAUCACUCUGGUCACAAAGCUCCAGAGGGAAGACAACAACAGGAAGUUUAGGUGUCAGGUGAACACCACAGAAAACAGCAGGGGGACGUUUCUGGACUUCACAUCUACCUUUUUGUUUGAAAGUCCUCCCACUGCCCAGAAUCUGAUUCCUUCACCCACCCCGGCACGUCCAGUCCAGCUGCCAAUCAGCCGCAUCACGCUCUGUGUGGCUCUGCCAGUCAUGGUGAUCAUAGUGGGAUUCUUCACAUGGAGAGGAGACCGUAAGAGGGCCAAAGCGUCUGCAGCUGGCAUCGAGCUCCAGGAAAUGAACUGACUGUUGAUCAUUGUGUCUGUUCUUGUGUUAUUUUUGGCUUUAAGCAGGAUUUCUCCUGCUUCCAUGGCCCCAUUUUCAAGCUCCAAAUCCCCAUGGAUCCCAGACAGUUAGACACACUAGAGACGUGUUGUGUGUUACAAUUCAGAUUUUGGCCCAUAAGCAUAAACUUUACAUUUUACACACGAAGCUAAGCUAACAACAGUAGGCUAAUUCAUGUGUUUUGGCAUUGUGUGGUGAUGACAGGCUAGAUAUCUAGAGAGUGCAAGUUGUAAUGCCAAAACAGAAUGCUUUUAUAUUUUAUUUUCUGCACAAAAUAAAAUGUUUAUCAAAUUUAAAAACCUAAAACAACUUUGGGUGACAGCUGAAAUUAACCAUAAGGGUAAAUACCGAAAGAAACAAACUCCUGCACAUUGCCUUUUCUUCAUGGCUGCACGAUUAUGAUCAUAGAAUUUAUCAGGCAACAAACACAGUAGUUUAAUAGAGCUUAAAAUGUAUAGAUAUGACAGUUUGCAAAUGUUUAUCAUAUACUGUAUUUUUAUCAGGAAUUUCACAAAGAAUCUGGGAAAAAACUGAACAGAAAAAAGAAAGAGGUUAAUGCCAAAAAUUGCAAGAUUUAAUUUGUUAAAUUUGCGCACAUACCACAGAUACUUAGAGGCAGAAAGAACACAAAAAGUGUCUUGAAAUGGCAGCUGUAAUGGGUGGCAACACGCCUCAAGUUUGAUCAAAUCUCGCUUAUUUUUGUUUGAAGCAUUGAACAGCUUCCCCUUUUCUGUGUAUAAUAUAUAAAAAAAAUGUCUUUAAGAAAUAUAUCAGUCUUAGAAAUUUCACGUGACGCUAUCUGAAUAUCAAGCCAUCCCAUCCAAAAUCCAGACCAAAAUGUUCAGCAACUCAUCGAUUCUUCCUUCCUAUCGCUUUAUUGAGCAGCAAGCAGCGGCCGUUGCUGUACCGCACAAGUACAAGCAGAAGUGCUGGCAGUCGUGUUAGUUGUAUGUAAUAGACUUUGAAUUAGUUGUAGUGGUAGUUGUACAAUUGAUAGUAUUAGUAGUGUAGAUCUCUGCUGCUGAAAUGUUGGUGUGUAAUAGGUUAAGCCAAAUGAAAGGAGAAACUCUCCCUCAGUAACUCCUGCUGAAGUGCCUUUGAGCAAGUCAGCCGCUGCAGUGGAGGAGUUUUGCACUGCACAGCUGCGGACGGGCGUUCAGGUCAUCAUGACACUGACAAACAGAGUCCGUGCUGCGUGCUUCUGUCAAUGAAAUCAAUUCAUGAACUGUUUCAACUUUCCAUUGAUUGAAGGUUAAAUCGUGUUGUGUUUAGAAAGCAACAGUAUCAUGAGCUUAUUUAUUAGUUUAAAAAAGGAUGACUUGUGUAAACUGUGAACUUUAUCGAUAAAUAUAGUUAGGCUUGACUACUUUGAAAUGUAGUCACUCACAGAAUAUAAAUUGUGUGACAAUA